AUGAUCACCAAGACCCAAAAAGUAGACCUGAGCCUUGGGCUCCCAGAAAAGAAAAAGAAGAAGGUGGCUAAAGAACCAGAGACUCAAUACUCAGUUUUACACAACGAUAAUUAUUUCUCUGACAGUUCUCCUGUAAGAACCACAUCCUUCUCUAAGAAUGUGGUCCACAGACAGGCAUUUGAGAUGCUUCUAAUGAAGAAAAAGAAGAAGAAGAAGGGCCACAGCACCUUUAGUGAGGAGCUCCCAGAAUUUGAGACCCAAUUGCGUACCCUACGGGCAGACAAGUCACUCAGUCCCAGGAAGCAGUCCCUUGGUCACUGAGGUACACUCCGGGAGAAGAGGACAAAGAGGAAGUCCUUGUUAACUCUCGCUGUGUCCCAUGGCUCAGGGAUGAAGACCUCCACAGACUGCAGACCAAGUGAGGAGGUGACCAGAGUUGCAAGAAGCUCAAAAAACACAAGAAGGGAAAAAAAGGCCAAGGAUGGUGCAGCCUUCUCUGUCAGGGACCCUUGGUCCCGUGAGGCUGAGGAUGCGCUGUACAGUUGCUCCAAGGAGAAGGAGGGUGAGGAGCAGACAGCAUGGGGGCAGAAACAAAAGCAGGGGAUCCCCAGGAAAUACAACAGGAAGAUGAAGAAGAAAAUCCACCAGGAAGGAGACACUGCCCAGUGCCACUCAAAACGCUUCAUGUCCAUGGAGAGCAGCCCUAGGAAAUUUAGCAAAAAGAAGCUGGUCAAGGUUGGGCUCCAGAGUACAUCCCAAUAG